AUGGCUCAAACGAUUCGGCAACUGGCCGAAGCUCUGACAGCACAACUGCCAUUAUGCAUCGCGUAUCCUACUAUGGAUACUGAUUUUGAGUUGAAGUCAGGUCUAAUCCAGUUACUGCCAACUUUUCGUGGGUUGCAAAAUGAAAUUCCCCACAAGCAUAUGAAAGAGUUUCAUAUGGUUUGUCUUAGCAUGAAAUCUCAGGGGGUAACUGAGGAUCAUAUUAAAUUGCGUGCUUUCCCUUUCUCUCUAGCAAAUUCCGCUAAGGAAUGGUUAUUUUAUUUACCCCUUGGAUCUAUUACAAUAUGGGCUAAUCUAUCUCGUUUGUCUCUGAAUAGGUUUUUUCCAGCAUCUCGAGCAGUUGAGCUAAGAAGAGAGAUCGUUGGAAUAAGAAAAAAAGAAGCUGAGUCCUUUUGCGAUUAUUGGGAGCGGUUUAAGAAGUUGUGUGCAAGCUGCCCACAACAUGGUAUAACGGAGCAAUCUCUCCUCCAAUACUUUUACGAAGGUUUGAAGCCCAUAGAGAUGCAUAUGGUAGACGCCGCUAGUGGAGGAGCAUUGGUCAACAUGACACUCCAACAGGCGAGAGACUUGAUUUCCACGAUGGCUGCAAAUUCUCAGCAGUUUCGAGCCAAUACUGAACCCCCUAGAAGGGUUCACCAGCUAAGUAAUUCAAUCUUAGAGGAUAAAGUUGAUAUACUUACUAAUAUGAUGAACUCUCUUAUUGCAGAAAAAGCGAGGACAACCCUGUUAUGCGGAAUAUGUGUUACACCUGAUUAUGCAACUAAUGCAUGUCCCAGUUUGUAUGAUGAUACCAUGACCCAUCUGGAAGUUGUGGGAAAUUUUCCUAGGCCGCUACAAAGGCGAUACAACCCCUACAGUAAUACCUACAACCUAGGGUGGAUGGACCAUCCUAACUUAUGUUAUGGAGCCAACCCACGAAAUAAGCAGACAUACCAAAAUCGAUUUCCGCAACAGCCGCAAGGUUCAGGAAAUUCUCUAGAAACCAUGGUCAAUAAGUUAACAACUAAUGUUCUUGAUUUUCAACAGCAAACUCUUAAUUUCCAAAACGAGACGAAGGAUUUCCAAUAG